UAUCAUAUGUACCAAUUCAAUCUUCAUUUAUUUGCCAUCAUCAAGAUUAACCUUCUCCAUCACAAAACGUUUUUGGUACGCAUCCUUUGGUUAAAAAGUUUAUCUUUUCUUCAUUAUUCAAAUGAAGCCGUGUUAUUAAAGUACCUGUUACUAGCAGGUGUAAAUAGUCAGGCCCGGAGACUCGGUAUCGUUUCGUCAUCACCAGUUUCCACCAUGAAGGCCGGUUGCUUGGAGUUGAUAUUUGUGAUGACAGUUGUUGGGGCCCAGAGAGAGAGUAUAUUGUCCAUCUACCGGGAUGAUGACGAUCCUAUUUCCCAGUGGAAUCGAAGACGCAUGGUUGGUGUUGGUGCAAGAAACUAUAUGUGGCGCACAGGUGGUGACAUCAACUGGGUAAAUCCCGGUUCAUCUCACAGAGGAAGCGCAUUUUCAAAUAGAGCAUUGCGCGGGUCAGCUAACAUAGGUCUCAGAAGGAGGCUGUCGUUCAGUGACGAUGAUGAUUGGAAUUCUGUGAUAAGGAGAGGGAGAAAUCCAGUUCAAAGACGUCUAGUUUUGAGUCCAGUUCGGGAGCCUUUGACCACAAUAUGGUCACGCUAUGACGAUGAUUGGAAUUCCGUAUUGCGAAGAAAUACAAAUCCAGUUCAAAGGCCCUUGACCAGAUUAAGAACUGACGAUGACGAUGAUUGGUCCUCCGUGUUGCGAAGAAGUACAAUUUCUGCUCAAAGAGAUAGAAGUGCAUUUCAGAGGCCCUUGACCAGAUUAAGAACAGACGAUGACGAUGAUUGGCCCUCCGUAUUGCGAAGAAGUACAAUUUCUGCUCAAAGAGAUAGAAGUGCAUUCCAGAGGCCCUUGACCAGAUUAAGAACAGACGAUGAUUGGCCCUCCGUGUUGCGAAGAAGUACAAUUUCUGCUCAAAGAGAUAGAAGUACAUUUCAGAGGCCCUUGACCAGAAUAAGAACAGACGAUGACGAUGAUUGGCCUUCCGUGUUGCGAAGAAGUACAAUUUCUGCUCAAAGAGAUAGAAGUGCAUUUCAGAGGCCCUUGACCAGAUUAAGAACAGACGAUGACGAUGAUUGGCCCUCCGUGUUACGAAGAAGUACAAUUUCUGCUCAAAGAGAUAGAAGUGCAUUUCAGAGGCCCUUGACCAGAUUAAGAACAGACGAUGACGAUGAUUGGUCCUCUGUGUUGCGAAGAAGUACAAUUUCUGUUCAAGGAGAUAGAAGUGCAGUGCAGCGGCCCUUGGCUAGAUUAUGGACAGAAGAAGACGAUGAUUGGAAAUCUGUCUUGCGAAGAAUUACAAACCCAGCUCAAAGAAAUGAAAAUCCAGUUCAGAGGCCCUUGACCAGAUUAAGGACGCACGAUGACGAUGAUUUGUCCUCGUUGCGAAGAGGUACAAUUUCUGCUCAAAGAGAUAGAAGUGAACUUCAGAGGCCCUUGUCCACGGUAUGGACAGACGAUGACGAUGAUUGGGAUUCUGUGUUGCGAAGAAACAGAAAUCCAGCUCUAACAGAUUCAAAUCCAGUUCAGAGGCCCUUGUCCGCGGUAUGGACAGGCGAUGAUGAUGAUUGGGAUUCUGUGUUGCGACGAAACACAAAUCCAGCUCUAACAGAUUCAAAUCCAGUUCAGAGGCCCCUGAUAACAGAAUGGACAGACGAUGACGAUGAUUGGAAUUCUGUGUUGCGAAGAAGUGCAUUUCCUGUUCAAAGUCAUGCAAAUCCAGUUCAGAGGCUCUUGACCAGAUUAAGGACUGAUGAUGACGAUGAUUGGUCCUCUGUGUUGCAAAAAGGUACAAUUUCUGUUCAAAGAGAUUCCAAUGCAUUGUCUGCGGUAGGGACAGACGAUGACGAUAUUUGGGUAUCUGGGUUGCGAGGAAACACAAAUUCAGCUCUAAGAGAUGCAAAUCCAGUUCAGGGGUCAUUGCCUGCAAUAUGGACAGACGAUGAUGAUGAUUGGAAUCCUGUGUUGAGAAGAGACACCAGUCCAAUUCAGAGGCUCUUAACCUCGGAAGUGGCAGGUGACGAGUUUUCGAGACCAGACUUACAAAGGAACAGUGGUGUGGUCAGAAGUGAUUUGUUAUCAAUGUAUAAUGAUGACGAUGUAACGUGGACACCUAGCAGGCUGCGUGAAGACAUGACUAACUUAAGAAGCAAUACCCAAAGAAGGCGAGCUGGCAAUACUGAUGAUAGCCUUCUUAGACGUAGCAUUAGCCCAAGUAAUAGAGUAAACUUUGGAACAUUGGACUCAAUGCGGCGAAUUGAUGAUGACAAUAACGACGGGUUCGAUUCACGUGAAAUCAGUUUUAGUCCACGUGAUAAUACUGUGAAUAGUGUUGCCUCAGGCAUUGCUAGCAUAUUGUCCAAAAGGAAUUACCCUACUGAUAGGGUUUUGGGGGGUCAAUCCCGGGCAGGGCUUUAUCAGGCAAACAAAAUAUCCCCCAAACAGGCGAUAAAAACGACGACCGUAUAAAGUGAACAGAUCAUCGGGAUAAAUUAAUCCACAACAAACCUAAAGGAGAACAUCUGUAUCUAAUGCUGGCAAAGGUGUCAGUACCACUUUUGGUUAAUGUGUAGACAACGUCUAUGGAAAUAAAUGGGGUGAUAAAAUAUAAAUAAAAUAGAUAAAAUAAA